AUGGCUGAAACUCAUUUGGGUCUUCAGCAGUUUGAAAAUGAUGGACACAGAAGUAUUUAUUCAUCUCUUUUUUCCUUAGGUGGUUGUUCAUUUGAUGAACACUACAGUAACUGUGGUUAUAGCGUGGCACUUGGGACCAAUGGAUUUACCUGGGAGCAGAUUAAUACCUGGGAGAAACCAACAAUGGAUCCAGCUGUUCCUACCGGCUCCUUCAUGAUGGUGAACAGCUCUGGGAGGGCAUCUGGACAAAAAGCUCAUCUGCUGUUACCAACACUGAAGGAAAAUGAUACUCAUUGCAUAGACUUUCAUUACUACCUGUCCAGUCGAGACCGCUCCAGUCCUGGAUCAUUGAAUGUUUAUGUGAAGGUCAAUGGUGGACCUCAAGGCAACCCUAUCUGGAAUGUCUCCGGAAUUGUUACAGAAGGUUGGGUAAAAGCAGAACUUGCAAUUAGUACAUUCUGGCCACACUUCUAUCAGGUGAUAUUUGAAUCCGUUUCUUUGAAAGGACACCCUGGAUACAUAGCUGUGGAUGAAGUCAGAGUCCUUGCCCAUCCAUGCAGAAAAGCACCUCACUUCUUACGGCUUCAAAAUGUGGAGGUUAAUGUUGGACAGAAUGCAACAUUUCAGUGCAUUGCUGGAGGAAAGUGGUCUCAGCAUGACAAACUUUGGCUACAGCAGUGGAAUGGCAGGGAUACGGCACUAAUGGUCACCAGAGUAGUCAACCACAGACGUUUUUCUGCGACUGUCAGUGUAGCUGAUACUUCACAGCGCAGCAUCAGCAAAUAUCGGUGUGUCAUCCGCUCAGAUGGUGGAUCAGGAGUUUCAAACUAUGCAGAACUAAUAGUGAAAGAACCUCCCACUCCUAUUGCACCUCCAGAACUUUUAGCAGUUGGAGCCACCUAUCUGUGGAUCAAACCAAAUGCCAAUUCCAUCAUUGGAGAUGGGCCUAUCAUCCUGAAAGAAGUGGAGUACCGUACAACCAAUGGGAAUUGGGCUGAAACUCACAUUGUUGAUUCACCCAAUUACAAGUUAUGGCAUCUGGACCCAGAUGUGGAGUAUGAGAUCAGAGUGCUUCUUACCCGGCCAGGAGAAGGAGGAACUGGACCUCCUGGGCCUCCUCUUACAACAAGAACAAAAUGUGCAGAUCCAGUGCACGGACCCCAGAAUGUGGAGGUUGUUGAUAUCCGAUCUCGGCAGCUGACUUUGCAAUGGGAGCCCUUUGGUUAUGUUGUGACCCGUUGCCACAGUUAUAACCUGACAGUCCAUUACCAGUAUGUUUUCAACCAGCAGAAAUAUGAAGCAGAGGAACUAAUUCAGACAUCAUCACACUACACUUUACGAGGACUGCGACCCUUCAUGACCAUACGACUUAGGCUGGCACUUUCAAACCCAGAGGGCAAGAUGGAGAGUGAGGAACUUGUGGUACAAACUGAGGAGGAUGUUCCUGGAUCUGUCCCCCUGGAAUCCAUACAGGGAGGACCCUUUGAAGAGAAGAUCUAUGUUCAGUGGAAGCCUCCAAAUGAAACUAAUGGGAUAAUUACACUCUAUGAGAUUACAUACAAGGCUGUUGGUUCCCUUGAUCCCACUGCUGACCUAUCCAACCAGAGAGGAAAAGUCUUCAAACUCAGGAAUGAAACUCACCAUCUCUUUGUAGGGCUAUAUCCAGGGACAACCUACUCUUUCACUAUCAAAGCCAGCACAGUUAAAGGUUUUGGACCUCCCAUCACUACACGGAUUGCAACUAAAAUUGCAGCUCCAUCAAUGCCUGAAUAUGAUACAGACUCCCCUCUGAAUGAAACAGAGACCACCAUCACAGUCAUGCUGAAGCCUGCACAAUCUCGGGGUGCCCCUGUCAGUGUUUAUCAGCUUGUUGUGAAAGAAGAAAGGCCCCAGAAAUCCCGAAGAGCUGCAGACAUCAUUGAGUGCUUCUCCAUUCCAGUGAGCUACAAAAAUGCUUCAAGCCUUGACUCUCCCCACUACUUUGCAGCAGAGUUGAAACCAGUCAACCUUCCUGUCACUCAGCCCUUCACAGUGGGAGACAACAAAACCUAUAAUGGCUAUUGGAAUGCUCCACUUUCACCACUGAAAAGCUACAGCAUUUAUUUUCAGGCUCUCAGUAAAGCCAAUGGGGAGACCAAAAUCAACUGUGUCCGGCUGGCCACAAAAGCAGUAAUAAAUAGGCAACAGGUGACCACCCGAAACCCGCCCAGCCUCAUGAGUACAGGAGCUUCUACACAGAAUUCCAAUUCAGUGGAGCCCGAAAAGCAGGUUGACAGCACUGUGAAAAUGGCAGGAGUUAUAGCUGGUCUUCUGAUGUUUGUAAUUAUCCUUCUGGGAGCAAUGCUUACAAUCAAGAGAAGGAGCGGUGCAGUAGAUCCAAGAAGAAAUGCAUAUUCCUACUCCUAUUACUUGAAAUUAGCCAAGAAACAAAAGGAGACUCAAAGCAGCACACAGAGGGAAAUGGGGCCUGUUGCCACUGCAGACAAGACUUCUACAAAACUCAGUGCUGUUCAUAAUGAAGAAGUGUUUACCUCGAGCUGCCAAGAUAUUAAUGGAUUCACACCAUCCUCUCCUUGUUCAUUUUCUGUCCAAAGCAAAACCCUUCAGAGCAAAUCUUUGUUGAAUUCCUACUACUCAGUAUCAUCAGACACUGUUCCAUCGACCACACUGUUAGACAAUAGCCAUGGGGAGAUGACUCAGCCGACACUGACAAUCCAGACCCAUCCCUAUCGAAGCUGUGACCCAGUGGAAAUGUCCUACCCCAGGGGACAGUUCCAGCCAGCAAUCCGAGUGGCCGACUUGUUGCAGCACAUCACUCAGAUGAAACGGGGACAGGGCUAUGGAUUUAAAGAGGAGUAUGAGGCUCUACCUGAGGGGCAGACGGCAUCCUGGGAUACAGCCAAAGAAGAUGAAAACCGCAAUAAGAAUAGAUAUGGCAACAUCAUCUCCUAUGAUCACUCCAGGGUGAGACUACAAUUGCUGGAUGGAGAUCCCCAUUCAGACUACAUAAAUGCCAACUACAUAGAUGGAUACCAUCGGCCUCACCAUUACAUUGCAACUCAAGGUCCAAUGCAAGAGACAGUGAAAGAUUUUUGGAGGAUGAUCUGGCAGGAGAACUCUGCAAGUGUUGUCAUGGUGACCAACCUGGUGGAAGUUGGCAGGGUGAAGUGUGUCAGAUACUGGCCUGAUGAUACAGAAGUCUACGGAGAUAUCAAAGUCACCUUAAUUGAGACAGAGCCAUUGGCAGAGUAUGUCAUACGCACUUUUACAGUCCAAAAGAAAGGCUACCACGAAAUCCGAGAGAUUCGGCAGUUCCACUUCACCAGCUGGCCAGAUCAUGGUGUUCCCUGUUAUGCCACAGGCCUACUGGGCUUCGUUCGGCAAGUGAAGUUCCUCAAUCCACCAGAGGCAGGACCUAUUGUUGUGCAUUGCAGUGCCGGUGCUGGGAGGACAGGCUGCUUUAUUGCCAUUGACAUCAUGCUUGACAUGGCGGAGAAUGAAGGCGUGGUAGACAUAUUUAACUGUGUGCGGGAACUGCGAUCCCAGAGGGUGAACUUGGUGCAAACAGAGGAGCAAUAUGUCUUUGUUCAUGAUGCCAUUCUAGAAGCAUGCCUUUGUGGCAACACAGCCAUCCCUGUUUGUGAAUUCAGAUCCAUAUAUUACAACAUCAGUAGACUGGAUCCACAGACAAAUUCCAGCCAGAUAAAAGAUGAAUUCCAGACCCUUAAUAUAGUUACACCUCGAGUACGGCCAGAAGAUUGCAGCAUUGGACUCUUGCCAAGGAACCAUGACAAGAACCGCUGCAUGGAUGUACUCCCCUUGGAUCGGUGCCUCCCCUUCCUUAUCUCUGUUGAUGGGGAAUCAAGUAACUACAUUAAUGCUGCACUCAUGGAUAGCCACAAACAACCUGCUGCCUUUAUAGUUACCCAGCAUCCAUUGCCCAACACUGUAGCAGAUUUUUGGAGGCUGGUGUUUGAUUACAACUGUUCCUCUAUCGUGAUGCUAAAUGAAAUGGAUGCUGCACAACUCUGUAUGCAGUACUGGCCGGAGAAGACAUCCUGUUGUUAUGGCCCAAUCCAAGUGGAAUUUGUUUCUGCUGAUAUAGAUGAAGAUAUUAUUAACAGGAUAUUCCGGAUCUGCAACAUGGCAAGGCCCCAAGAUGGGUACCGUAUUGUCCAGCACUUGCAGUAUAUUGGCUGGCCAGCAUAUAGAGACAUACCUCCUUCCAAGCGGUCUCUCUUGAAGGUGGUCAGACGGCUGGAGAAGUGGCAGGAGCAGUAUGACGGGCGAGAUGGACGGACUGUGGUCCAUUGCCUGAAUGGUGGUGGCCGCAGUGGCACCUUCUGUGCGAUAUGCAGUGUGUGUGAAAUGAUCCAGCAGCAAAACAUCAUUGAUGUGUUCCAUAUAGUGAAAACCUUACGAAACAACAAAUCCAACAUGGUGGAGACACUGGAACAAUAUAAAUUUGUAUAUGAGGUUGCCCUGGAAUACUUGAGUUCUUUUUAG